GCUGAGCUGCGCCAUGUUUCUGGGCGUGUCAGGCCGGAUACAGCAGGAGCGACUGAAGCAGCAGGGGAUGGGCACCAACGAACAGGCGGUGCACUUCCUGCGCCAGGACUACCAGCAGCUGAAGGAGCAGUGCCGGGAGGAGGGGACUCUCUUCCAGGACAGCCAGUUCCCUGCUGCUCCCACCUCCAUUGGUUACAAGGAACUGGGCCCACACUCCUCCAAGACCCGGGGUAUCGAAUGGAUGAGGCCAACGGAGCUGGUGACAAACCCGGAGUUCAUCGUGGGAGGAGCGUCACGGACUGAUGUGUGUCAGGGAGCCCUGGGGGACUGCUGGCUGCUUGCUGCCAUCGCCUCACUGACUCUGAAUGAAAACUUAAUGCACCGUGUGGUCCCUCAUGGGCAGAGCUUCCAGGAGGACUAUGCUGGAAUCUUCCACUUCCAGUUCUGGCAGUUCGGAGAGUGGGUGGACGUGGUGAUCGAUGACCGACUACCAACAAGGGAUGGGGAGCUGCUCUUCGUGCACUCGGCCGAGCAGAAUGAAUUCUGGAGUGCCCUGCUGGAGAAGGCCUAUGCCAAGUUGAAUGGAUCAUACGAGGCCCUGUCCGGGGGCAGCACCACCGAGGGGUUUGAGGAUUUCACAGGGGGCGUGGCGGAGAUGUAUGAGCUGCGCACAGCCCCGCGCAACCUCUACACCAUCAUCAGGAAGGCCUUGGAGAGGGGCUCGCUGCUCGGCUGCUCCAUCGAUAUUACCAGUGCCUUUGACAUGGAGGCUGUGACUUUUAAGAAGUUGGUCAAAGGUCACGCCUACUCAGUGACAGGGGUCAAAGAGGUCAGCUUUCGGGGACGAAGUGAGAGGCUGAUCCGGGUCAGGAAUCCCUGGGGUCAGGUGGAGUGGACUGGAGCGUGGAGUGACAGUUCCUCGGAAUGGGAUUCCAUCGACCCCGAGGAGCGGGACGGGAUGGUGCAAAUGGAGGAUGGGGAGUUCUGGAUGGCAUUCUCGGAGUUCCUGCGCCAGUUCUCCCGCCUGGAGAUAUGUAACCUGAGCCCAGACACCCUGCAGGAUGACCAGCAGAAGAAAUGGGAGGCAACCACCUUCAGUGGCUCAUGGCGACGAGGAAGCACAGCAGGGGGCUGUCGUAACAAUCCAGCCACAUUCUGGAUCAACCCCCAGUUUAAAAUCACCCUAAGGGAGGAGGACGACGAUCCUGAUGAUGACGAAGUCGCCUGCACCUUCCUCUGCGCCCUAAUGCAGAAGGACCGUCGCCGUUUCCGCCGCCAGGGACAGGACAUGCACACUAUUGGCUAUGCCGUGUAUGAGGUCCCAGAGGAGUACCGGGGCACCCACCAAGUCCACCUGCGCAAGGACUUCUUCCUAACUCACAGCUCGUGUGCCCGCUCCGAGACCUUCAUCAACCUGCGGGAGGUAAGCAGUCGGCAGCGCCUGCCACCCGGCGAAUACAUCAUCGUCCCUUCCACCUUCGAACCCAGCAAGGAGGCAGACUUCGUGCUCCGCGUCUUCACCGAGAAACAUGCCGAGUCUGAGGAGCUGGACAACCCGAUCACCGCUGACCUGGAAGAUGAGGAGGAAAUUAGCGAAGAUGAUGUUGAUGAAAAUUUCAAGAACAUGUUUAGACAGCUCGCUGGAGAAGACAUGGAGAUCAGUGUGUUCGAGCUACGCAGCAUCCUCAACCGGGUCUUGUCGAAACACCGAGACCUGAAGACUGAUGGUUUCAGUAUGGACUCGUGCCGAGGAAUGGUCAACCUCCUGGAUAAAGACGGCAGUGGACGUUUGGGAUUGCUGGAAUUCCAACGAAUGUGGAACAAAAUACGCAAGUGGCUGGGUAUUUUUAGAAACUAUGACUUGGAUCAGUCGGGCACAAUGAGCUCCUAUGAAAUGCGGCUCGCCCUCGACUCUGCAGGAUUCCAGAUCAACAACCGUAUCCACCAGGCCAUCGUGUCGCGUUACGCUGAUGAAGAAGCCGUUGACUUCGACAACUUCAUCUCCUGCCUGGUCAGACUAGAAGCCAUGAUCAGAUCGUUCCAAGCCCUGCAGAAAGAUGGAAUGAUGGAGAUGAACAAAGCAGAUUGGCUGUUCCUGACCAUGUCCGGCUAAGACUCAGCAGAAGACGAAGCAAGAGCCCUGCCUGCCUCUGCCCUGCUCCGAGCCUGCUGCUGACGGACAGUGUCCUCACAAUGUACCGCAAUGAUGCAGAUCCCUGUCCCUGCUGUGUACGGCCCAGAGGUCUCAACCCCCCCCCACCCGUCUCCCUCCCCCUCGCCCCCUGCCCACUCAUUCUGACCCGUCGCACCUUCCUCCCAACCCCUCGUCCCUGAUCUUUGCCUACACUGGAGAAGCCACGCUGGUCUCCUCCUCAUACCCGUCUCCCACCCAUGGUCGGAUGGGAACCGGACUCAGUUCGUGGUGUGGGUUCCCUGGAUCUCACACAGUCCCACAGCACCAUCAGCCUCUUGUGUUGUGUCCCUCAGCUUCAGCUCGGGCUUCCACCCACCCUCUUUCUACCUCCCCCCCUCUAAACUCUAUACAUCCUUCCUUACUCCCCUCACCGUCUUCCUGCCCCCACCCACAACCCAGUCCAGUGUUUCAGCACUCCCUCCUUCAGUCUCAUGUCUGUUUUCUCUGGACUAGUGCUGUCAGUGCCUCUUUCUGGAGUCCACGUGCAGGAAGUGUCCAUAUAGGGUGUUUACCUGGCCCAUCUCUGCCCCAGCUGCUUCCAAUACACGGAUUAUAACCACUAUGCCUCCAAUGGGCUGUCACGCUGGGGAGAAUCAGCCCCACCCUGGAAUCAAAUGGUGUGAACUUCCUCCCACUUCUCCACCCCUCCCCUCCUCCCCUCCACCACCCCUGCCGGUCCCUGGGCUGGCACAGACUAUACUCGAGCUUCCUCCCUUAGUGGGAUUACAUAGUCUGUGGUGGGACGUCCCGUCUCUCCAGCCAAAGCUGGGGGACCAGAUGGAGACCAGCACCAACCGAAAAUCUUAAUAAAGCAAUAAAGGACCAAGUCCAUUCAUAGUCUCGUCUCGUCUCGU